UUUGCUGGCCUACUGAACAAACAACUGGGGCAUAAAAAGUCGCUUAUUGAAAAGGGCAUAAAAGUUGUAUAGACUUCGUUACUACCUUUUAUUAUCGAGGAAUCAUCUGGUCACAAACAGAGUUGCUAAGCCAACAAGCAGGAAAAAGUGGAAGUGCUUAAAAGCCAUUGGAAUCGCACCACUACAGGAAGUUAGUUCUCUAUAAGUAUCGCCCGCCAAGAUGUUCAGAUUGUGCGCGAUUGCACUGUUUGUAUCAGGGCUAACGACUCAUACAAAUGGUGUUGAGCUAGAAGAAGCUGUGUGCCGCCCAAGACCAACAGUAAUUUCCAUUGAUGACCCAGGGCAUAACUACAAGCCUUACCAAGUAGUACUGCAUAGGUGCUCAGGCACCUGUGGGGAUAGCCCACCAAACAUCAAGACAUGCUUUCCCAAGACCCUAGAAGAUGUUCCCCUCCAAGCGACAGACAUUGGACAAGGGGUCUCGCAAACUGUCUAUGUCAAGAAUCAUACGUCAUGUAUGUGUGACUGUGCAGAAGGAUGCACUUCAGAGAAUGCCAUCCGAGAUAAGAAUUGUCGAUGCAUCUGCCUUGACCCAAACAAUUGUUCACCUAUUACACCAGCACAGCCUGCACAGCAAGGAAAGAGGGAAGAAGAAUCAAGCAUUCCCAUGCCUUACCUGAUUGGUAUGGCCCUUAUUGGUUUCUUUGCUGUGUUUGUUCUGAUGUUUGAUGCCUUGCUGUGUGCCAAGAAGAGAGGGUUCAUGUACACCGUCAAACACUCUUGUGGUAGCCAUUCAGAGAGAAAAGAACUUGUCACAACAACACAGAAUGGUAAAUGUAUAACAACUACAGUGUAAGAGUGAUAUUAACCCACAGCUUAAAUGGAUGCAAUGUGGUGUUCACCAAGAAGAAAGAUGAUGUUCUAUCCAAGGGCUUUCAUGCCCAAUUCACAGCAGCGACUCUUAAGCACAAAAUAUCUAGGUAACAAGUAAAAAAAAGAACAUUCCCAUGUUACUUAAUAGCAGGUUCCCUUUAUGCAGUAUUUCAAAUAGUUGCAGCAUUUGUAACCUUCCUUGCAGGCAUUUUUAGGCAGGUGGCGCUCAACCCCCCACCCCCCCCCCCCCCCCCCCACCCCCUAAAAACGCCUGUCAGGAAGGCUACAGAAUUUGUGACAUUCAAAAAAUUCUUGAGUGAAUGUGCAGCCAAACAAAAUAGAAGAUUACCUGGAUAAAAGGGCAUUAUUAUGAUGUCUUUUUAGCUUUAGAAAGUCUUUAACACAAUUGAUAUGUUGCACAAUUUCCAUUGUGAAACCCCAAUAGAAAAUAUUGUCAAAAACCUGGUUAUGCAUUAUGCAUAGUUAAAUUGAGAAAGCACAAUAGAAAAAAGUGAAAAGACAUCAGCAGCUUAGAUGUUGAAUACAGUAUCCAAAGUGCUUUUAUUUAUUCAGUUCAUAGAAGAUAAGAUUUUGAAAAAUUUGGAUCAAAAGAAACUUUGUUUUCAAAAAAAAUUUUUUAGAAAGGGAAUGAUCCCACAUCUUCAAGUACAUAUGUUGUAGUGCAACAUAUAAUAGAUACUUAUAAACCCAUUCGUUAUUAUAUAAGGACGAGUAUUUCCAAUUUCUGGAAGUGUAAUUUUAAAAUGUAAGAGCUGUCUUCUUCAAAGAUAGACGCUUACAGUAAAUAUAGUCAUCCCAUUUUAAGAUAUGGUUUUUAAGAGGCUCAUCAAAAUCUACUAUGACUUAUGUAAACAGUUUAUUUUUUUAAAUUUUGCUGGGGCAAGGAAAUUCUUCUCAAGACUACAGAACUACACAACAUGCAUAUAACAGGUACACAACAUACACAUUUUUAGAUUUUGUCAUAAUUUGAUGCUUUCAAUCUUAUUUAAAAUAUAGUAGCUUUGAUUUAUAUUCUGGCCCCUGCUAUUGUUGAGUGUAAAUUAUUGUAAUAGGUGAUUUAUUUAUUGCUACUGUAGUGUAGUGUUUCUUGGCCAGUUUAUUUGAAAGCGAGAAUAAAUUGAAAUCAUAUAAUUGAA